AUGCCUAAGCCAAUGACUCCAGAAUCAAUGUCAAACGAUUCCAUGUACAUGAAAGACAUGGUUAUGCAUAUGAGCUUCUUCUGGGGCAAAGAUGUGACCAUUCUUUUCCAAGGAUGGCCUGACAACAACCUUGGUAUGUACAUAUUGGCUCUUGCCUUCGUCUUCUUCCUCUCUGCCGCCGUUGAGAUUUUGUCGGUCUCGCCGAUAGUCAAGAUGGGAACUAGCCCAGUCGUUGGUGGGUUGACUCAGGCCAGCGUUUACGCGAUUCGCAUGGCUCUUGCUUACAUGGUGAUGCUCUCUGUCAUGUCCUUCAACCUCGGUGUCUUCAUAGUUGCUGUGGCUGGCCAUGCUUUUGGGCUGUUUGUUGUCAAAUAUCGAGCACUGGCUACAGCUUCUUCUCCUGCAGAUGUCCCUACUAAACCAAUGACUCCAGAAUCAAUGUCAAACGAUUCCAUGUACAUGAAAGACAUGGUUAUGCAUAUGAGCUUCUUCUGGGGCAAAGAUGUGACCAUUCUUUUCCAAGGAUGGCCUGACAACAACCUUGGUAUGUACAUAUUGGCUCUUGCCUUCGUCUUCUUCCUCUCUGCCGCCGUUGAGAUUUUGUCGGUCUCGCCGAUAGUCAAGAUGGGAACUAGCCCAGUCGUUGGUGGGUUGACUCAGGCCAGCGUUUACGCGAUUCGCAUGGCUCUUGCUUACAUGGUGAUGCUCUCUGUCAUGUCCUUCAACCUCGGUGUCUUCAUAGUUGCUGUGGCUGGCCAUGCUUUUGGGCUGUUUGUUGUCAAAUAUCGAGCACUGGCUACAGCUUCUUCUCCUGCAGAUGUCCCUACUAAAGUUUGA